AUGAAACUCGUCAGGUUUUUGAUGAAAUGCGCCAAUGAGACGGUGACAAUCGAGCUCAAAAAUGGCACAAUAGUCCACGGGACGAUUGCGUCCGUGUCUCCGCAGAUGAACACGGCGCUGCGCAACGUCAAGAUGACGCCGCGGGGCCAGGACCCGAUACCGCUCGACGCCAUGAACAUUCGCGGCAGCACCAUCCGCUACUACAUCCUCCCAGACAGCCUACCGCUCGACACGCUGCUCGUCGACGACACGCCCAAGCCCAAGAACAAGGCGCGCAAGGAGACGGACCGGGGCGGCAGGGGAGGCGGCAGAGGUCGCGGCGGUAGGGGUCGUGGUGGCUUUGGAAGGGGUCGGGGAUUCGGUAGGGGUAGGGGUUAG